AUGGCGUGUUCUGAUGAUUUGACCUUGAAGGUUCUCGACGAACCUGCCAUGUUAGGUCUUUCGCUCCUCGUUGCGCCUGAACGCCCAUCGAUCGACAUCGUUUUUAUCCAUGGCUUUAAUGGACACCCAGAGCGAACCUGGAGGCACAAGGGCGAUGCCGGCAAUCCGAGAGAUCUGGGUGAAGAUCGAGGCGACGAGCGACCUCGAAAAUUCCAAAAGAUACUUGACUCUACGAAGAUCUCCCGCGACCGCAAGUCCGUCUAUUGGCCUAAGGAUCUGUUACCACAUACUGCUCCUCACGCACGAAUACUGGCAUAUGGCUACGACACUCGCUUCGGACAUCGAGUCAGUCCUCCGAGGAGUCAGAAGUCGGUCUAUGAUUUUGCCAAGGACUUCUUGAUGGAGUUGGAAGCCGUACGUCGGUGUCAGCCUACCAGACCCCUCUUGUUCAUUGCCCACAGUCUUGGAGGAGUCGUUGUCAAGGAGAUGCUUCGACAGUCAUACGGCUACCUCAACCAUCAUCCUCAUCUUCGAACCAUAUCCGAGUCAACUCUGGGUAUCGUCUUCUUCGGAACUCCACACGGCGGUGCUGAUCCGCGAGGGCUUUUAAGGUCCAUUGCGGAAAAUGUCGCUCGAGCGUUGGGUUUCACGGCGAACGAAACUGUCCUGGAGAGCUUGCUCCCUUGUUCGGAACGUCUGAAGCAACUACGGGACGAGUUUGGUCCAAUGGCCCGCGCAGAGGGGUGGAAGAUACACUGCUUUCAAGAAGAUCACGGUAUCAAAGCUCUCAAUGGUAGGAAGGUUGUUGAAGAUGCAUCUUCUUGCUUGUCUGAUUCGAGUCUGGAAAUCACCGAGCAUAUUGCAAACGAUCACAUGGAUAUGUGUCGCUUUAGCGGACUCCACGACGCCGAAUAUAGGAAAGUCGCCGCCGCAAUCAGUCGAAUUCUUGAAAAUUCCAGCGACCGCCCUUCCCCCGCUAGUCAGACAACACUCAGUAUCGGACAACGGCAAGCCUACAUCAAAUCUCUCGGCUUCGAUCAGAUUGAUGCUCGUCACGCGACAAUCAAGACAGCCCACGCAAAAACCUGCAGAUGGCUACUCAAAAAAUCCGGGUACCGCGACUGGCUCGCUCUCAAAAGACUCUCCGAGCACAAUGGAUUUCUGUGGAUCAAGGGAAAAGCCGGCACCGGCAAAUCUACAAUCAUGAAGUAUAUCUUUGCGAACGCCAAAAAGACAAUGUCGGAAGCCACAGUUAUUUCAUUCUUUUUCAACGCCAGAGGGGGAGACCUGGAGAAGUCUACUGAAGGUAUGUAUCGGUCGUUACUUCUACAACUACUGGAGAGCCGUCCCGAGCUUGGAAAGAUUCUCGAUCCUCUUUCCCGGCCGUUACUGUCUGAAACCGGUGAAUUCGAGAUCCAAUGGCAGCUUGAGACCCUGAAAGACGCCUUUCAAGCCGCCAUCAGAUGUAUUGGAACCAAAAGCCUGGUCUGCUUUGUCGAUGCGUUAGACGAGUGCCAUGAAGAUGACAUCCGAGACAUGGUGGCAUUCUUCGAGACUCUCAGCCAAGAAGCAGUGCAAUCAGGAACCCAGCUCCAUAUCUGUUUCUCGAGUCGCCAUUACCCCUAUGUCACCGUGGAUAAGUGCGUUGAACUCGUGUUGGAGGACCAGGAGGGCCACCAAGAUGACUUGGAGCACUACGUCCGCACCGAACUGAAAAUCGGCGAGAGUCCGCGCAGCGAAAAGAUCAAAAAGAACGUCCUUCAGAGGGCUAAUGGCAUCUUUCUAUGGGUCGUCCUGGUCGUCCGAAUCCUGCAGAAAGAAGUUGACAGAGGACGGAUACAUACACUUGAGAAACGGCUUUGGGAAAUUCCAGACGGCCUCGAUAAGUUGUUCGAAGAUAUCUUGACAAGAGACGGGAGGAAUAGCGACGAUCUUCUGCUCUGUCUACAAUGGAUCCUAUUCGCCAAGCGACCGUUGAGACGUGAAGAACUAUAUUUCGCGAUCUUGGCCGGAAACGAUCCUGACCAACUCACGCCCUGGGAUCCUACCGAAACAACGACAGAUGUCAUGGACCGAUUCAUUCUGGAUUGUUCCAAAGGCCUCGCGGAGCUGACAAAGACGAAGAACCAGACAGUGCAAUUCAUCCACGAAUCAGUUCGGGAUUAUCUUCUUAAAGGGGACGGACUCAUGCACCUUCGACAGCCUCUUCAGUCGGAUUUUGAAGGGCAGAGCCAUGAAAAACUGAAGUUGUGUUGUCAAAACUACUUAAAGCUUCGACACCCAAGUCAUGGGCAUUUGCGAAGACAAGAUAGGGCUGACUCUAGACUGAAGGAUGAUGGAAUGUCUGACAAUGAAACUCGGCUAGCCACUCCCUUUAACGACGACCACCCUGAGCCGCGAGCUGCUCCUUCAACUUCUUCUCCUCCUUCUAUGGAGGCUAGGAGCCUGCGCGAGGACCUGUGCGCGCAAUAUCCAUUCUUAAGCUACGCGGUGAACCACAUCUUCGAUCACGCAGAGGCGGCAGCCGAAAAGAAGGUCUCGCAAACAACCUUCACCAUGGAAUUCGACUUCGUAACUUGGACGCGUUGCAACAACAUUCUUGAGAAGUACCACAUCCGACAAUAUACCCCCUCCGUGAGCCCACUAUAUAUUUUUGCCGAGAAGAAUUUACCCCGACUCAUUCGCAUUCAGCUUCAACAAGUGCCUUCUAUGGACAUCAGAGGUGAGCGACACCAAUUUCCUCUGCGGGCUGCCAUAGCAGCAAGAAAUAAGGAAGCAGUCGAGGAGUUUCUGAAGUCAGCUAUUGAAAUUAGGAGUGCUGCGCAACCCAAUCUUGAUUCGAUUCACACCCAAACAAACAGUAGAAGACUCGAUUGUGCAGAGUUCUUGGUGCAGAAUUCAAAGGUUUUCAAUCUUGGGGAAGAGUCAAUACUCUUCUGGGCUGUCGCAAAAGGCAGGAUGGACCUCGUCGAAACGUUGCUAGCGACGGAAAAGGUCCAGUUGGACUGCCAGACAAAGAUCAAAAACGGAUGCCGGCUAGAGAUCUCUCUGGGUACCAGUGCGUUCCACCUGACCUCAAUAAGAGUAUCGCUGUAUACCAAUCAGCGCGAGCCUCUUGAUUCGACCCAAGUUGCAUUGGCCUCACGUCUGCUCCAAGUCCAUGUGAUACCCUGGGCAUUUGAGCAUGGAUAUGGACUUUUGAUCAGACAUUUGAUCUGGCAUCUGAUUUGCACGACCGGAAGGUCCACGGAGGUGAAUCCCCUGUGCCACGACGCCGAUUUGAUCGCUCUAAUCUCUCAGCACACCUGGGUCAAUUUAAAUUUCAGGGAUGCCCGUUUUCGGUCGCUAUUAUCAUAUGCCGCAGGAUACGGACUCUCAGGCCUCGUGAAGCACAUGAUUGAGCAUAGAAUCAACCGGUUGGAUGACAAAGAUGACGCCGGGUGCACUCCUCUUUACUAUGCCGUGAUGAAUUGCCAAGUAGACACAGUACAGAUGCUUCUCCAAACAACAAACAUGGCUGAUCUCGGCCCGCCUGGUGUUGAUCUGAAUUUGUCACCAGAGCAUAAGGAGGUGAUUGAGUUAAUGCUGGAACAUGGGGUCAACCAUCACGGUGUCACCGUUGACUAUCAUCGCCCUCUUAACUGGGCAUGUUUAUACGGGCACGAAUCAAUGGUGAAAUUGCUGCUAGGGCGUGGGGAUGUCCGGGUCAAUGCAACGAACGACGAUGGCGACACCCCAUUACACGCCGCAGUGACCAAAGGGCGCGAAGCAAUAGUAAAAUUACUCCUGGAGCAUGGGGAUAUCGACGUGAACGCAACAAAUAAGUUUGGCGAGACCCCAUUAGUCUCCGCGCUCAUCGGGCGGAGAGAAGCGGUUGCUCGCCUUCUGCUCGAACGAUCUGAUAUCAAAGUCGACCCAGUCGGUACGGGCUCCACACCCAUAAAUGAAUAUGCAAGAAUGUUAGGCAAUACGGAAGUGGCCCAGAUGUUGGAGGAGAAGAUGUGUCAACAGCAGGGUGGGUCGGGCUUUGAUCAGGGCGGUGUUCCAAGCGGACGGGGAUGA